AUGAAGUUGGUUCCUUUCGGGGCCUCAAUAGGCCUAUUGCAUCUUCAGGCGGUCCUCGCUCAAUCCACUGGAACCUCUGCUGCGACCAGUACCGCCACGUCCACGGCGUCGGCAUCAAGCUGUACGGCUUCCCUCAUCACCACUCUCUGCAGCUAUAAAGAACCGGGCCCGGAGUUCGCCGUUGCCAGCGGCAGCAGAGCCUCCUGCUGGAACUAUUGCAACGCCCACAGCCCAUGUAGCUUUGUCAUUUUCUCCGCCGGCAACCCCUACACCGGAACCGGCACCUGUUGGUUGUACCCCGGUGAAAGCUUUGAUGCGAGCGCCGGCAGCUCUGACUGCGGCAACCCCAGCCUGUCCGUCUACAGCCAACCCGUGUGCGCCGGCGGGAGCGCAACCACCACCUCUGGUACCUGCGCGGCCACCGCAACACCCUCUGCUGUCGCAUCCAUCUGCGGUUACCCGACACCACCGGAUAACUGCUUUGAUGGCUGUACUGCUAGUUUGGGUGCAACGGACUGCCUGAGCCAAUGUGCCAAGGCCGCCUCCUGCAGCUACGUGGUUUUCAAUCCAGAUAACCCAAGCAACUCGCCUUAUGCCUCAGGCUCUUGUUGGAUGUAUCCGAAUGGCACAUAUGAUGCUGGGCUCGCGACCACAUGUAGUGGCAAGCCUGAGCAAUUCGUUUAUGAUAACUUGUGUCCUAAGCCAUCGCCUACCUCGUCCUCUGCUCUUUCAUCUACUACGGCAACCAAUACUGGUACUGCAACCACGGCUGGUGGGUCGGGCUCGACCACGAGCAGCCAGAAUGCCGCGCCUACUGGCCUUUCACACCGCAGCUCACUGGCUUUAGGAUUGGGUCUGUCGUUAUGGCUAGGCCUUGAGUAA